CAGGUGCACAAAGGAGCUAGGAGCAGGGAAGAAAGAAUGGCUCAAGCGUCGAGCUCUUUCUCUAUUGUUCUGUUGUUCCUCGCACUAGUACUUGUGGUUGAGGUUUCUGCUGGAACCGCAAAUGAAGAGCUUUACAGACCUGCUGGUGCAGAAGGCUCUGUCCCCAUAGAACAAUGUCCAGAGAAAUGUGACUACCGGUGCUCUGCUACAUCGUACAAGAAGCCAUGCCUUUUCUUCUGCAACUACUGCUGCAACAAGUGCUUGUGCGUCCCGUCCGGCACAUACGGCAACAAGGAAGAGUGCCCGUGCUACGACAACAUGAAGACCAAGCAAGGCGGCCCCAAAUGCCCGUAAAAUGAAUAUUAGAGGCCUGGAUCAUUCAAAAAGACAACUAAAAAUGAAACCAUGUACUCCCUCCGUUCCCAUAUAAAAUUCGUUUUGGCUACUUUGUA